CAAUUUAUGGAUUGGAUUAGGAGCUCAUGUAAUCUGUAAUUUCUGCUACAUGAAGUCAUAUUUGCAUGUGGCAGAAGUCCAUCGGGCUUCCCUUUUAGAUAAAACUGUAGUGUCAUCAGUUGAACGAUAAGCCACUUCCUCCUUCAGUAACCGUAUUUAGAUUGAAAUUAUCCCUUUAAAUUUAGAGUGGAGAGAAAACUGACUCUUAUUAAAACCCCAAUCAAUGCAUCAGUAAUUGCUCAUUAUUACUUUUGCAUUACAGACACAAAUUUUAGGUUAUUUUGUUUAAUAGACCGAUGCAAUUUAUUUCAUAACUAAACUACCAGAGUCAAUACCAGGUAGAAUCCACUGCUGCUGUAAUAAAAGCUGGAGGUGUUUUGGGGCGGCUCUCUUCCUGUUCUGAUCACUUAUAGACCGAAAUUGUUGCCCGGCCAUCUAUUCUCUCCUGCUCUAACUUGUCCCUUCUGGUUGCUUCUCUGAGCUUGCCAGUUUAGGGGGUCCUGACUUGUGCGUUUCCAUCUUCUUUCCAUUUUGGAAUGGUAAAGUGAAUGAGGGCUCUAUCAGUGGUGUACAGCUUGGGCUUGGCAAACUGAGUAACCUCAAUUUGCUUCAUCUGUCUCCACAAUGUUAUCCUUGACUUGUCUCCAGGGUUUCUUGGUUUUGAUUAGGCUCUUUUCCAAAACAUUUGGUGACUUUACAGUAGAGCUAUGUUUUUACAGGUGGAAGAGUAGACAAAGGGUGACUAUAAUAGGUAACUUCUGAAGGCAAUUGGUUGCGCCAGAUUUUUUUAGGGACAUCAGAGUCAAUUGGAACGAAUUCACAAUAAAAUAUGCGUAGUAAGAAAAAAGUUUGCUUUUUCUCAUCCCGUUUGACCUUUUAUAAAGUGGACUGAAUGUUGAUAAAACGGGCAAAUUAAUUAGUGAAUCUUUAACUGUGAGGUGCUUGUUUAUCCAGGGUGCUUUGCGCUUCCUGCUCCUCAUCUGGGGAGCAACAAUGACAGCCUCUUUAAUUGUCCUGUGGUGCUGUUACUAAUGGGGAGACCAGGGAUAAUUCCUGUUUGAAACAGUUUGCUUUCAGCCCAGCCAAGCAUGAAACACUUUAACCAGGUUACAUUUUAAUUGGCCCUGGCCCCGGGGACAUUCAGUUUUGUUAUUGAGUUUAUGGAAGAUGAUGAAUCCAUCUAGUCAGGCGGUAGCACAUGAUCUCCACAGUGCUCAGUUCGCUGAUUGAAAGGGAACAUACCAGUCUAUUGGUAUCUUUCACCUCCAUCUCUGAAGCGCAUAAUAGUUGGUGGAUAUCUACUUCAUGUCUCCAAAGACUGAUCAGGCUUUCGCUUUAGGAUCACAACGUUAAAGAGUGGAUUGGUUUGUCAUCAAGAAUGGAAAACCUCACGCCAGAGCAAUGGCGAGAGAUCAUGAACAAGAAGAUGCGCUUCCCUCCGGCGCUCCUCAAUGCCAUUCAGGAGGGAAAAAUAGAGAUGUUGUGUGGACUGCUGAAGACUGGGGAUGGCAUCAUUCGCCAGCUGGAUGAGUCAGAGGACCGCCAGUGGAGGGAGGCUCUCAACCUCUCCAUCCGCCUGGGCAAUGAGGAUGCCAUGGAUGCCCUUCUGCAGGGAGUAAAGUUUGACUUCCGGCAGAUUCACGAGGCUCUGCUGGUGGCUGUGGACACAAACCAGCCCAAGGUGGUGAAACGCCUGUUGGACCGCCUGGACCAGGAGAAAGGCAACAAGAUGGAUGUACGAUCCUUCUCUCAAGCCAUCUUCGACCGGUCCAUUGACAACUCACAGUUUGCCCCUGGUGUCACACCUCUGACACUUGCCUGUCAGAAAGAUCUGUAUAAAAUAGUCACCAUGCUCACUCAGAAAGGGCAUGGCAUCCCAUGGCCACAUAAGAUAUCCUGCGCCUGUCUGGAGUGUCGCAACGGCCGGCAGUACGACCUGCUGAAGUUCUCCUUGUCUCGCAUCAACACCUACCGUGGCAUCGCCAGCCGUGCCUAUCUGUCCAUCACCUCCAGCGAUGCUAUGCUCAGCGCCUUCAGUCUCAGCAGAGAGCUCCGCAGGUUGUCCCAAAAAGAGCCCGAAUUUAAGCCUCAGUACCUGGACCUGGAGCAACUCUGUCAGGAGUUUGCCGUCGAGUUACUGGGCAUGUGCCGUAACCAGAGUGAAGUCACCACAAUCCUGAACAGCUGUGGAGACGAGAGCCAGGACGCUUUGGACCAGGAGGCCUUUGAGGAGGGAAUCCCCAACCUGUCACGGCUGAGGCUUGCAGUCAACUACAACCAGAAGCAGUUUGUGGCCCAUCCGAUCUGUCAGCAGGUUCUUUCUUCCAUUUGGUGUGGAAACCUGGCAGGGUGGAGAGGCAGCAGGACAGCCUGGAAGCUCCUCGUCUCUGUUGGGAUCUUUCUAACCAUGCCUUUUCUUUGCCUCGUCUACUGGAUAGCUCCAAAGUCGAAGGCAGGAAAAAUGGUUAGAAUCCCUGUGAUCAAGUUUCUGCUUCAUUCUGCGUCGUACUUGUGGUUUCUCAUCACAUUACUCGGAGAAUCCAUAAUUAUGGAGAUGUAUCGUGACAAAUUUGCAUCCCGUCAGCAGAAUAUUCUGCACAGCUCAUUCCACAUGGUGUGGGUGGUUGGAUUCUUCUGGUACGAGUGUAAGGAAGUCUGGAUUGAGGGCUUGCGAAGCUACUUCCUGGACUGGUGGAACUGCUUGGACAUGAUUGUGUUGAGCAUGUACUUGGCAUCCUUUGCCUUACGUGUGCUCAUCAUGGUCAAAGGUCACUUCCUGUGCCAUGAUCAGAGCAACAGUGACGAGUGCAUCUACUUUACUCAGACUGGUCGUGACAACUGGCGCCAGGAGGACCCUCAGCUCAUCUCCGAGGUGCUGUUUGCAGUAACCAGCAUGUUGAGCUUCACCCGGUUAGCCUACAUCCUGCCGGCCCACGAGUCCCUGGGAACGCUGCAGAUCUCCAUAGGGAAGAUGAUUGAUGACAUGAUGAGGUUCAUGUUUAUACUGAUGAUCAUCGGGACGGCCUUCCUCUGCGGCAUCAACAAUGUCUACGUUCCUUAUGUCAUCUCCCCACAUCUUGGCAGGUUUAAUGAGACCUUCAACUUCUUAUUCUGGACCAUGUUUGGUGUGGCCAACCAGGACUAUGUGGACAUGCCGCAGUUUGUUUUAGCGGAGUUUGUAGGAAGGAUCCUGUACGGCAUCUUCACCCUCGUUAUUGUCAUUGUCCUGCUCAACAUGCUGAUCGCCAUGAUCACAAACUCCUUUCAGAAGAUUGAGGACGAUGCAGAUGUGGAGUGGAAAUUUGCCCGGUCUAAACUGUACCUGAGCUACUUCAGAGAGGGCCUCACCAUGCCUGUGCCUUUCAAUAUCAUACCUUCUCCCAAAGCUGUGUUUUACAUCCUGAGGGGGGUUUUUAAAUGUCUCUGCUGUUGCUGCAACUUUAACUCGGAGCAAAAAUACCCUCCUGUAGCCUCUAUGUCUAACGACAAAGGAACGGAGGACAACCUGCCUUACCGACAGCAGGUGAUCAGAGCUCUGGUGCAGCGCUACAUCGAGUCAGCUCGCAGGGAGUUUGAGGAGACCAAGAGGAAAGAUAUCGGUAACCGAAUCACGGAGCUGAACAAGGCGGUCUCCAGGAUGCAUCUUGAAAUGAAAGGGAUCCAGCAGCUUCUGAUGACUGAUGGACACGCUGCAAACGACGCACUGACCAAGGACGGUUCUUCUGUGCUGGGGAAAUACAUCAUCGGUGCCAAGAAUAACUUCAGAGGUUUUAACAGCAGCCAAGAUGACAAAAGCACAUCGCUUAAAGUGACAGUUCAUCAGAAAGAGGAAGGGGCCGAUGAAAGGAAGGCCGAUUCAGAGGCGUGGCAGGACACAGAUGCACAAUUGGAUCAGUUGGAUGAAAGUGAAGAAGAAGAAUUGGAUAAGGCGGCAGACUGCGAGGUGGUGAAAAUGGAAGAGGGACGAGCGAAAACAGAGCUUAGGGAUUGGAAAGAAACUGAAAAUACAGAGCUUGUAGAAGUAAGCAAAGGUGAUGAUGGAGUAAAAGAGGACUUCUCAGAAGGGACGGGUUUUAUUAGAGUAGAAGAAAAGGUGAAAGUUGAGAGCAUACAGGGCAAGGAGGAUAAAAGGGAAGGAGAGAUUGACCCCAAGGUGACAGAAAAUCUUGCAGAGAUCAGACCUGAACACAUAGAGAGCAGCAAAACUAGUUUUGAAACAACAGAUGCGAAGAAAACGAUAAACAAGUUCAAUAACAUGGAGCUGAAAGAAAAACCAGACGAGGCAGGAUGGAUGAAGGGAAAAAAGUGGGGUAAUGUUGUGGAAAGAUCUCACGUGACCAAGGGGGACGAGAAAACCGGAAAUAAGAAAGUGAUUCAGUCUCCAACAGGGAGCAGCAGCUCCAACGACACCGGCUUUGGUUCACAGGAAGGGGAAGGAUCGAUUGACGGCACACCAGUAAAACCAUGAUGGGUCUCUGAUAACCGGAAAAUUUGAGAAGUUGAAAAAGAAAAAAAGGCUCAGUAGAUAAAUAUCACCGUACAUACAGAUAUUUUCAGCU